AUGGAACUCUCGGAAAUGUUUUCUCCGUCAGAAUUGCAUCCUGCUUUCAAACGUGUGAAAGGAGCUUUCAUAGCCCAAGAAAUGGCAGGUGAAAAUCUGCUUGACCGUACGCCACCUAGCGAGCCAACGGAAUCACCUGGCUCGAGCGAAGAGAAGACCGCUCCUCCUGGUACUGCUAGCGACUUUUCAAAACGAACACCUGUAACGCCGAAGGAAAGUGAGGAGUUGACAGCGAAAACACCGGCAUCCACUCCUCUUCCUAAGGGACAGCCAUCGUCUGCCGAAGGUGAACCGGCUGUGACGCCGAAAGCCCCCGACGCGGAAACGGAAACGGGGACAAAAGGCCCCGACGAUGACACGACGACGACCGGCGCUCAACAAGGUGUCGACGAGAAAACUCAAGCCGAAGAAGUUCAGCAGCAGGAACAGUAA